AUGACGUUCUUCAAAGCGUUUAUUCUAUGCUUCGCGAUGAUUGAUGCUGGGGCUAUAUCCUUCGAUGGGAUCAAGCUUGAAGAGCCUGGAACGGUCGAGAACCUCGGGAAUGCGACUGGCCAGGAGACGGUUGGACAGAGCGGGAGUUCGAUUUUCAGUGGUUGGACAGUCCCAUUAGAAGAUCCGUUCUUCAUGACGACCACGACGGCACCACCUCUCAAGACUCAGAGCAGCGUCGAAGCGGAGACCAUUGAGCAUGACUAUCAUGGUCUGCUCAUUGGUCUCGUAAUCGUCGCAGCUUUGCUCUUGAUCGUGAGCGUGGUCCAGACGGUCGCUCUGGCCAAGAUCUUUGCAGGCCUCAAGGAGACGUCUCGAGACAUAGAAGAAGGGUGA